AUGGCGGGAGUGAAGCGGGCUCGGCGCGCAGCGGGAUCGUCGCGGUCGCCGUCGCCGGAGAUGGACGUGCUGUACUACAACCUGCUGCUCGCCGCGCUGCGCGCCCGCCAGGAGGCCGGCGUGGCGUACUACGGCGCGUUCGUCGCCGACCUUGAGCCCGUGCCGCCCGACCUCUACGCGCACUGGGUGCCGCCGCCCGGCUCCUUCGCCGUGCAGCGCGCCGACGGCGACGACGACGAGCGCGCCGCGGAGGACGAGGACGCGGCGGGGCGGGACGGCGCGGACGACACGGACGCGGACGGGGGGGAGCACGCGGGGUCGGACGGCGAGGGGGCGGUGGUCGCGCGCAGGGGGCCAGGCAGGCCGCGGUCGGCGCGGAGUCGGCCGGGCGCGUCAGCAAGCGGGGCAGCGGCGGGCGCGGAGAGCGGCGGCGCGGCGGCGAGCGAGGAGACGAUGAUGCCCGCGUGGCUGAAGGAGCUGAUCGCGGCGGACAGGGAGAGGGCCGCGCAGCAGCAGCAGGGCGGGGAGCAGGGCGGGGGCGAGCAGCAGGGGGCGGAGGGGUUGGCGUUCCCCGUGGUGGACGCGAACAUGAUCCGCGGGUCGUUCCCCGCCGCCGUGGCCGCCGUGCGCUUCCUGGAGCGCGCCAGGCGCCGCCUGGGGGGGCUGCCGGGGCGCACGGGGGAGGUGGAGAUGGGCGGAGGGGUGGGCGGGGAGGGCGAGAAGUGGAAGGACCGUCUGGCGGAGGAGAUGAUGACGUCAGCGCUGGGGGUGAAGGGCACGCUGGGGUCUAGGGAGGGCGGGCGAGGGCGGGAGGGCGGGGGGGAGAAGAUAGAGCGGUGGACGCCCAACGAGGACGCCAUCCUGCUGGUGGGGCGCGUUCUCUUCGGCACCCGGUGGAUCAGCAUUGAACGCAUCCUGCCCGGCCGGUCCAUCCAGGCCAUCAAGACGCGCUGGCUCAACUACCUCAAGGGCCUCUUCCGCCGCCACCGCUGGUGCACCUCCGCCCUCGCCCCCCCCCUCUCCAAGGAGGCCGCCGCCUACCUCCCCCCGCCCCCCUCCCCCCCGCCCACCCCUCCCCCCGCGCCCGCCCCUUCCACGUCAGCAGCCGCUGAGGCUGUGUCAGCAGAGGCACGCGCCUCCACCCCUCCGCCCUCUGCUGCAGCUGCUGCCAGUGCCCCCCCUGCGCCCCACCCCCGCCUCUCUCUCCCCGUGCCUGCAUUGGCCGCCCUCGCUGCUGCUGCCCCUCCUCCUGCCCCGGUGGCAGUGGCAGGCAGUGAGAGGGCUGCAGGGAAGGCGUUCAUGAGCAUGCCGGCCGUGCCGCCCGCAGGGGCACCCGCAGAUGGUGGUGCAGGCAGAGCAGGGGGGACAGCUGGUGCUGCCCCAGGUGCUGCCCCAGGUGCUGCGUCAGGUGCUGCGUCAGGUGCUGUGUCAGGUGCUGCGUCAGGUGCUGUGUCAGGUGGUGGUGGCGGCGUGGUGGCCUCAGGAGCAUUCACCACGCCAACCAAGCGAUCCCGCUCCCAGUCCACCCGCCCCGCCCCCGCCGCCACUGCCACGGCGGCACGUGGUGAGGGGGAGGGGGGCGGGGAGGAGGAGGAGGGGGGAGGGGAGGAGGAGCGGGUGCGGCGGCACGAGCGGUACCUGACGUGCCUCAUGCUGCGCACUGAGAAGGGCCCGCCGCCGCACUCCCUCUCCGCCACGCACGAGCUCUACUGCUUCGCCUGCAAGUCCUCCGACGGCCAGCUGUCGCCGUGCUAUUGGUCGGACGAGGCAGUGGCGGCGACAGCGGCGGAGUGGGGCGGCGGCGGCGGGGCGGUGGUGGGGCUGAUUCCGUGCGCCAAGGCUUACCACGCUCGCUGCGUGCAUGCUGCCGUUAAGGUGAGUAGUGGGGCAGUCAAGGCAAGUCA